AUGUGUAGGUGCUUUUUCGGUGAAUAUUCAAAUUUGCCAGCAAAUUAAGGCUGUCUCACUCAUUUUGUUGGCAAAUGAGGCCUGAACACCACCCUAGAGCGAAAAAGCUAGCAAUAGCACUGCUUACACCCUCUUAAUUUAAUAACAAAUUAAGAACAAUCCGGCCUCAGAUUUUUUGAAAAAAUUAAGAACAGUUAGCCUGAACUUAAAUUUACUGGUUCUUAUAAAAAAAGAGUGUAAAUUGUUAAUUUUAUUUCAAAAUGGGUUUGAAAAAAGCAAACAUUUUGGGUCAUACUGGAGCUUCUUGUCUGACACUCUUCAGAGUUUAAAACGUUAGAAUAUAGAUCGAAAACGUUUUAAAUCUUGUACCACCAAAAGAUUGUUUGCGAAUUCUAUUUCAAUAUAUUAUAUUCAAAGGAAACACUCAAAAAGGUUGGUCAAUCAAGUGCUGAAAAAUAAGCUAUAGCAACGACUUCACGUUAUUACAUGAGAAAUUCAGGCACUGGCCCAUUUGGAUAAAAUCAAUGCCACCUCGAGUGUCUGUCUGGUUCAUGGACAUAUAACGGUCAUCCAUUUUAUGAUUUUAUGUGGUUUUAAUCUCAUUUUCGAACAUUCCUUUUGGAGGCCAAAUAUAGCCAAAGUGAGGCUGGAGGACAAAGGUAAAGUUGCGUAGCCAAAUAUUCUUAAAAAAGGCCAGAUUUAUCAAAUUUGGCCUCCACAGACCUAUCAACCCUCCCGGUUUUGACUGCUUUCUCCCGGUCUCCCGGUCUCCCGGUUUUUAAAAUUUUUCUCCCUGUUUCAAAGAUGUCUAGCAGAAUGUCCAGGAAGAUUCUUCACCGAAUAUACGAUUGAACUGCGCAUCUUAUGCUUCGAAGACAAGUCCAUUGUGUAUGUUUUCUUUUUGCAGAGAUAAAAUUAAAAUAUAAUGGCCACAUAGACUUCCACAUGACAACAAUUUUUUGUUAGUGCUUACUGAUUAAGAAAAAAGCACUAAAAGUUAUUAUGAAGAUACUUCUAAUGAUCAGUUUUGUCGUAAACUGUUUGCCGAGAAAACAUUAAUUUAAUCCUUAAUUUAUCAGGUAAAUUUAUUCCCUUAACAAGUUACUGUGAUCUCCAUGUUUUUGACCAAAUCUCCCUGUUUUUCUUUAGGAAAAAUCUAAAAUCUCCAGGAUUUGAAAAUUUAAGGUUGACAGGUCUGCACAAGUAGGCCAGUUGGUACCCUGGGUACCAGACUCACUAUAUAAAAUAAUCUCCAUUUUAUUUUAUAUAUAGUGAGUCUGGUACCAAGGGUAGCCAGUUGGCAACCCUGAAAUGAAUGUAGAUGUAAUUUAUGCAGAUGCUACAGGGCUCCUUGACCAGAAGAAAAAGAAAAGAAAAAGGUCUUGGUGUGAAAAUGGCAAAAUGUUAAAUUCUCUUUUGUUAUAAAUCGCUUUUAAUUUUCUAUUCACUAAUUUAUUUGUACCUGUAAUUACUAAUUUUGAUUUACUUUUCAUAAGUAGGCCUAAAUUAGGUAAAUACGAGGAUGAAAUUCAGGAACAAAGCAAAACUGCGACGAAAAUCCAAUGUUAUAAGAUAAAUUUUUAAAAUAAAUUAAAUUAAACGAAUAAUAAUAUUUUGCUCCGACAUACAGGGCUUCAUCAGACCAAAUAAGGUAAACUGUAUACAGCUAUAUCUUUUAAGCCUACUGUAGAUAAAUUGAUUAUUAUAUCUAUAUUAUACAGUGUCUAACUAAUUUCACACUUGUAAUUAAAUGAAUAAUAAAAAAUAUCGCGAUAAAACCGCUUAUUUUGAAAAUUUUCAUUUUUUCUCCUAGCCGUACAUAUACAAAACUCAAAAUUCAUAAAAGUCAGCAACAUCGCUUCAUUAUAACUAAUUUCCAACUCAACCGAAUUUCUAACUCUCCCACUCUUAGUCAAGGCGAACUUCAAGUCCAACAGGUUUCAAAUACUUUUCAAUUGCCUCAUCCAUUCGCCUGUUCAUCUCAGGAAGCAGUGGCGGAAAUUAUGGGGGUUUGGGGGGCUCGCCCCCCCCCCAAUCAGCGACGUCGUCGGAAAAUUCGGGCUUUCGUCGGAUAAUUGACAACCGUUUAACGUGUCGAAAUUACUCCAAGAAAUCGUUCUGAAAAGGAAUUUUAAGGGGCGUAAUCUAAGGGGCGUAAUUGCCAAAUUUUCUGCUCGCUUCGCUCGCAGGUUAUCCACGUUUCAAUUUUUGCCCCAGGGGCCUUUAUAACCUCUCUGUGCCCUUUUUGCAAAAUUUGAACAUAGCAUAGCUGAUAAAAUAUUAGCCAGUACUAAAUAAUCAAUCAAAUAAUAUAUGACCAAAAUAAAAAAAACUGCUUGUGAAUUGUGUAUCUAAUUUCAUUCCGUAAAGAUCAGCCAAAAUUUCUAUCGGAUUCUUCUUGCACAAUAUAUUUACUGGUUCUGCGGUACAGAUUCCAACUUUCAAGGAGAUAACUUAAUUUCAAAUAACAUAACAUUUCAUCGAUCAAAAUCACUACAAUCAAAAAGAAAUAAUUAAGUAAAUAUAAUACACGCUAAAUUUCCCACGGCAUAAUAUAAAAGAACUGUGAACGCAUUAUGGUAAACUAUCCUCUAGUUAGUUAUAAAACAGAUAUGCGAAGUUACAUAAACAUACGCAGUAACAGCAAACUUACACAACACUUCUGAACUAAAGUUAUUUUCAAACGUAUUUCUCACUGACGAAAACAAGAUAAAAUGCAUAAAAUGAACGUACGACUUGUCAAAAGUGUUAUCGGUCUACCUCUUGUAUCAUCAAUUGUCUUAGAUGAGAUAUCAAUCUUGACAUCAAAAAUAAAAAAUGGAUUGUUCUUCUUGCUAUUUAAUUAUGGCGUGGUCAGAAAGUGUCCCGUCAAAAAAUCAACUAUUUUUAUCAAAAUGUGCAGUUUCUUUGAAAUUAUACAUGGUUCGUGAUGUUAUCUUGUCGGAAAAUCGUAGGCCUGGCCCCCCCAACCCCCCCCCCCCAAAUGAAAGCUUGAAUUUCCGCCACUGUCAGGAAGGAACUACCACGCAAAGGCUACAUUUCUUUUAUACAUAGUCAGCAUUCCAACAUCGCAAGGACAUUUUGGAAACGCAGCAUGCUCGUAAAUACCCAUGGGGUAUCAGCUCUUUCACGUCGUUAUCAUAUCAUCCAGUGUCCAGCGACUGUCCUGGAUGUCAUCGCCAUUUUGCCUCGGCAGUCACCCAAACCGCAAAUAGAAGCCGCAAGUAGAAGCCGAAGAAGAAACUGCCGAAGGUCAUGUUUUCAAGAUAGCCUUUUGAAGUGGGAGUGAGUCCAGCCCCUUUCCUGAAUGUCAUCGCCAUUUUGUCUCGUCAGUCACGCAUACUACAUACAAAUGCAGUAAGUAGAAGGCCGUAAAAGAAACUGCCGAAGGGCUUGCCGUUAUUUCUCCUACGUUUUACCAGGAAUAGUUAAAUCAGAAUGGCGACCGUUCAGCUUGUGCCACUAUCUGACAGUGAAACUGAGCGAUUGAAGAAGGUUUAUCCAACUCAAUUCGUUAAUCAUGGACAAAGGUAUAUUAGAGCAGUACCUGGAAACUGCAUUUUGCCUAAAGCCUUUGAGAAAUUCAAGGAUCGGUUUAGAAAUUGGUACGUUCGCUCAGAAGAUGUUUAUGUUUUUGGCUUUCCUAAAAAUGGCACAACCUGGGUACAAGAGCUCGUCUGGUGCCUACAGAACAACUGUGACAUAGACAAGGCCAAAGCCAUUUCAUCGCUGGAAAGAGUCCCAUUUUUAGAAGUACCAGUUGUUGUUGACUUUUUAGAUGAGGCUCGUUCCCUCUUUGAAGGUCUCCACGAAAUGGUAGAAAAAAUGGAUUCACCGAGAGUCUUGAAAUCUCACCUUCCAUUUUGCCAUUUUCCCGACGACUUACUCGACAAAAGCAGGGUUGUGAUAUGUUUUAGAAAUCCGAAAGACACGUUGGUCUCGUAUUACCACCAUGAAAAGCUACAUCUGUCGUUUGAUUACAGUGGAGAUUUUGAAACCUACUUCAAUCUAUUCAUGGAUGGUCUGUUGCUUUUCACGUCAUAUUUUGAACAUAUCCAACAAUUAUGGAAGCAAAGAAACCAUCCAAAUGUUUGCAUAUUGUUUUAUGAAGAACUAAAAGCUGAUUUGGCUGGCAAUAUCAGAAAGGUGGCAAAAUUUCUGGGGAAGGAAAUCACAGAAGAGCAAGUUGGGAUUUUGGUUGAUCACUUAAGCUUUAAGAAAAUGAAAGAGAACAAUUCUGUGAAUUUAGAAGCUUUUCAAGAUGGAAAGAUCAUGAAGAAAAAAGGGAGCUUCUUUCGAAAAGGUGAGGUAGGAGACUGGAAGAAUUAUUUCACCGAAGAGAUGAACAAGCGAAUGGAUGAAGCAAUUGAAAAGUAUCUGAAGCCUGUUGGACUUGAAUUUCGCUAUGAGUAAGAAUGGGAGAGUUAGAAAUUCAGUGGAGUUGGAAUUUGUUUAUAAUGAAGCGAUGUUGCUGACUUUUAUGAAAUUUUGAGUUUUGUGUAUGUACUGCUAAGAGGAAAAAGAAAAUUUUCAAAAUAAUCGGUUUUAUCAUGAUAUUUUUUAUUAUUCGUUUAAUUAUUUUAUUAUUCCUAUACUGACUGUGGAUGCCAUCCCUCUAGUAGUAUCAGGAAUAUUUGCACAGCAGUCUCAAGGCACUGAUGAUCAUCAAGUUGUAGCACCAUAUGCAAGUAGAGUAUAAAUUAGGUUAUGAGACUGUUUCAGAAUGAAUAGAAAAAAAGACAUGUGUGCUUAGGCCAUCACAGCAAUACUAUAUACAGCAAUAGAGGAGUCUGGGCUCUAGUCUUUGACUAUUGAGUUACUUUUUUACAGUAUAUAUUUAUAUUUUAUGUGUUUUAAGUUAAGGCAUUUUAAUAUUGCGUGAUACUCGCCUCUCAUCUCAUUCGAGGUGCACAUGUUGCAUUUACGGAAAUUGUAAUCAAUUUUAUUUCAUCUACUGGUUUCCACUGGUAGUUUGUAGUCUGCAGCCCUAGCCAGAAUAGAAAUUGCGAUAGUUUUUAAGGUAACGCACAUAAGUAUUUUUCCAUUUCAAACUUUUUCUUUAUGUCGGAGCAUAGUUUUCCUUUAUUUGACGCCUGCAUUUAACUAGUCCAUUGCUGUAGGAACGAACCAUCCCACCCCCCUUCAGAAUGGCAAAAAUCUCUUUGAAAAGGGGCAUUCCCUAGCGUUGAAUAUGUUUUGGACCCCCAAUUUUCCCUUUCUCGUCCCGCCUUUUCCUCCAAAUCUUACAACCGGUAGCACUUUAUAACUCGGUUUCGAUUUUUGAAUGUUUAUCAUUUGUUUUUAUCAUUGUAAUUCUAAAUUGUCUAUAAUGUUUAAAUUUUGAUAUCCCUGUACCUCUGAUCUAUAACUUAUAACAAAAAUAUAACAAGAACGAAUCUACUCUGGGUGCCUGGGUGUGCAUAACUUUGUCUCAGAAAUACAGUUCGCAAUUUGGGCGAGGGAAACAUUCAUUCAUACUUUGCUGCAGCGAUCUACAAUACUUUUCCCCUUUGUUUUCUGUGGCUCUUGUACCCAGGGUACAAUGAAUCUAGCGUUUUCAACUGCAAAUCUUAUGGCAUACUAACCGCUUUUGCUCCAGAUAUCGAAUAUCGCAUUGCCUUGUUUGCCUGAGUUUUAAUUGAUUUUAUUGCUUUUACAAAACGCCCAUUAUUAUAAAAAAACAAUUAGCAAAAUAUUUAACUUCACUGUUAAUCUCAAUGUUUUUACUUCUACACUUAAAUUCUAGCUUUUUAUAUCAUCAUGCGAAAAGCAAUGUGUGAAAAUCUAUGUCUAGCAAUGGAGUUUCGAUUCAAGCUUGGCAACAUUGUUGUUAGUUUAUUUUGUUUACUUAUCCUCAUCAAAGAAUAAAAUUUAUGAUUUAUUUGAUAACGGGUAAAAUAAUCAGGUAUGUACUGAAUUAUUCAAUCUUUCAAAGCAUGGCAUUGAAAUAUUGCACGAUCCUCGUCUCCAAUUUCGUUUGAGGAACACAAAUCACAUUUUCGGUGAUUAUAAUCAAUGUUUUUCCAUCGCCCAGUUUCUACCGGUAGCCUAUGAUUCAAAGUUCUGAACCAACAAAGAUAUUGUGAUAAAUUGGUUGGUAAUACAUUAAAGUAAUUCUCACUUUUAAAACAUGAUUUUAUACGUUUAAACAUUUUGUGUGAUUUUUCCAUAUCAGAAUUUCAUUGUUGAAUGAAUAAACUUUCAGGGCUAUUAAACACAUGCAUGUUCCAAAUAAAGGACAGCCCUGAGCUAUCAAGAAUAUAUUUCACACUCGUAAACCAUUUGAUAUUUUAGUUUCUGACUAAAAUACUAUACAAGAUAUUUGUUAGUUUGCUUUCUUCACCUCUAACUAUGUUGGCCCAAAAACCAACCAUUCUUAAUUGUAUCGUUAUGGAUACUGGUCAUCUCCCCAAUUCGCCAUAUACCAUAUAAUUUGGAGUGGACUUUUUAAUGUUCAAAAUUAAUUUGUAAUACUGCAGUUCUUGUUGAUCUAGCAGGUUUGUUUUUUCCAUUCCUCAUGGAAUUUUAAUCACGAAAAUUUACAAAAUUGUAAACAAAAUUGCUUUCUUCUUUUCCCGAUUUUCCCUUCUUUUGCUCUGCUAAAAAGGAGGUGGGGGAGGGUCAUGCUCAAAGUAUCUUUGGGUUCGAUGCGUCUGAAUGUCCAAAGUUGUUUUCUCUGUGAUAGCUUCUCACGAGAAGCAAAAUGAAUUUGAG